AUGUCCCUCUUCUUGGACAGCGUCUCCACCAUCAUCAGCACCUUCCACAGACACGCCCGGGACGAUGGAGGCUCCUCCACCCUCAGCAGGGGCAGGAUGAGGGAAUUCAUCCAGAGGGAGUUUGCAGAUGCCCUCGCUAAGCCUCACGACCCUCAGACCAUCGAGAAGAUCCUGCAGUUCCUGGAGUGGGACGGGGACGGGGACAUCGACUUCAACGAGUUCCUCCUGCUGGUGUUCAGAGUGGCCAAGUGCUGCUACUGGCACCUGCCCAGGGCACCGUACCUGGUGCAGAGAACGAAGCUCACGGCGCCCCGAGAGCCCGAGCUCAGGAGCAGGGGGAGCCGCCGGCAGCUCCAGGAGGAGGAGGAGGAACAAACCCGGGAGAGGAACCGUCCCCGUGAGCCUGAGCUGCAGAGACACACCAGGGUCAGCGAGCUGGAAAUGUCAGAGGAGGCGAGGAGGGACACAAAGAGCAGGAACGACGCCGAGCUAAGCAGGGAGCCGGGGGAGCCCAUCCCUCAGGAGUACGAGGAACGGAGCCGGGAGCCGCGCGAGGGACGGAGGAGGCGGCAGCCGCCGGAGCCGGACAGACGGGAAGAGGGACAAGUCCGGCGUGGCAGAGCCCAGGAACGUGAGCUGGGGGUGCUGCUGGGAGAGAGGGAAGAGCGAGAGGGCUCCCGGCGGGAAGAGGUGGCCGAGGUGCGGAUCCGCAGCCGGAGCUCGGAAUCUCGGCCACGGGAGCCAGAAGGACCAGACUGUGAUGAAAGAAACCAGAGGCCACGGGGAGCAGAUGGAGGAAGUGACAACCAGCCCCGCAGACCCGGAUUGCUGAGGGAAGAGAGGAGCCGCCACCGCCAGCAGGAGCUGGAACAAAGGGAGCUGGGAGGGAGCAGCCGCCGGGAAGGGGGUGAGUGCCCGAGCUCGAGGCACCCACAUCAGUCACACCUGCAGGAACCGCUGGAACUCGACCUCAGGGGCUGUGAUAGGGCUGAGCCAGGGGAACGUGUCCGUGAAGAGAGAACAAACCGGGAACGAGAGGUGGAAUAUGCAGAGAGGGAAAGAGAGAUCCGUGAGGAGCAGGAGUGGGAAGAACGAGAUGAUCCGAGGAGAAGAAGAAGACUGAGGGAGAGGAGGGUUGACCUUCAAGGGGAGCUGGAGGUGGAGGUCUCUGAGCGCCGCAGCCGCCAGACACGGGACAGGGAGGAGAGAGAGACCCAGGAGCUGGAAGAGGAUGGAAGGAGAGAACGUGAGUCAGUGAGGUACGAAAGGACAAGAGAGACCAGAGCAGCAGCAGCAGAAGCUGAUGUGAAAAUCCACAGAGAGAUCCGUGAACUGGAGCCACGGGAAGACGUGAGAAGGAGAGAACGUGACCAUGAAGUGGAAGAGAGGAGGGUUUGCAGGAGAAGAGACAGAGAAGAGCCUGUGCUGGAGCAGAGGAUUAACCUUCAAGGGGAGCUGGAGGUGGAGGUCUCUGAGCGCCGCAGCCGCCAGACACGGGACAGGGAGAGAGGGAUCAUCAUUGACCGGAGAGAGACCGGGGAGCUGGAAGAGGAUGGAAGGAGAGACCGUGAGUCAGUGAGGUACGAAAGGACAAGAGAGACCAGAGCAGCAGCAGCAGAAGCUGAUGUGAAAAUCCACAGAGAGAUCCAUGAACUGGAGCCACGGGAGGAGCUGAGAAGGAGAGAACGUGACCGCAAAGUGGAAGAGAGGAGGGUUUGCAGAAGAGACAGAGAAGAGCCCGUGCUGGAGGGGAGGGUUGACCUUCAAGGGGAGCUGGAGGUGGAGGUCUCUGAGCGCCGCAUCCGCCAGACACGGGACAGGGAGAGAGGGAUCGUCAUUGACCAGAGAGAGACCCGGGAGCUGGAAGAGGAUGGAAGGAGAGACCGUGAGUCAGUGAGGUACAAAAGGACAAGAGACACCAGAGUAGCAGCAGCAGAAGCUGAUGUGAAAAUCCACAGAGAGAUCCGUGAACUGGAGCCACGGGAGGAGCUGAGAAGGAGGGAACGUCCCCGUGAGUGUGGAGAGGAAGAGAGGAAACAGCCCGUGCUGGAGAGGAGGAUCGGUCGCCAGAGGGAGCUGGAGGUGGAGGUCUCUGAGCGCCGCAGCCGCCAGACACGGGACAGGGAGGAAAGAGAGACCCGGGAGCUGGAAGAUGAUGGAAGGAGAGACCGUGAGUCAGUGAGGUACAAAAGGACAAGAGACACCAGAGUAGCAGCAGCAGAAGCUGAUGUGAAAAUCCACAGAGAGGUCCGUGAACUGGAGCCACAGGAAGACGUGAGAAGGAGAGAACGUGACCAUGAAGUGGAAGAGAGGAGGGUUUGCAGGAGAAGAGACAGAGAAGAGCCUGUGCUGGAGCAGAGGAUUGACCUUCAAGGGGAGCUGGAGCUGGAGGUCUCUGAGCGCCGCAGCCGCCAGACACGGGACAGGGAGGAAAGAGAGACCCAGGAGCUGGAAGAGGAUGGAAGGAGAGACCGUGAGUCAGUGAGGUACGAAAGGACAAGAGAGACCAGAGCAGCAGCAGCAGAAGCUGAUGUGAAAAUCCACAGAGAGAUCCGUGAACUGGAGCCACGGGAGGAGCUGAGAAGGAGAGAACGGGACCCUGAAGUGGAAGAGAGGAGGGUUUGCAGGAGAAGAGACAGAGAAGAGCCUAUUCUGGAGAGGAGGAUCGAUCACCAGAGGGAGCUGGAGGAGGAGGUCUCUGAGCGCCGCAGCCGCCAGACACGGGACAGAGAGAGAGGGGUCACCAUCGACCGGAGAGAGACCCGGGAGCUGGAAGAGGAUGGAAGGAGAGACCGUGAGUCAGUGAGGUACGAAAGGACAAGAGACACCAGAGCAGCAGCAGCAGAAGCCGAUGUGAAAAUCCACAGAGAGAUCCGUGAACUGGAGCCACAGGAAGACGUGAGAAGGAGAGAACGUGACCAUGAAGUGGAAGAGAGGAGGGUUUGCAGGAGAAGAGACAGAGAAGAGCCCGUGCUGGAGAGAAAGACUGAUCUUCAAGGGGAGCUGGAGGUGGAGGUCUCUGAGCGCCGCAGCCGCCAGACACGGGACAGGGAGGAGAGAGAGACACGAGAGCUGGAAGAGGAUGGAAGGAGAGAACGUGAGUCAGUGAGGUACGAAAGGACAAGAGAGACCAGAGUAGCAGCAGCAGAAGCUGAUGUGAAAAUCCACAGAGAGAUCCGUGAACUGGAGCCACGGGAGGAGCUCAGAAGGAGGGAACGCCCUCGUGAAGAGGAAGAAAGGAGGGAUUGCAGGAGAAGAGACAGAGAAGAGCCUAUUCUGGAGAGGAGGAUCGAUCACCAGAGGGAGCUGGAGGUGGAGGUCUCUGAGCGCCGCAGCUGCCAGACACGGGACAGAGAGAGAGGGGUCACCAUCGACCGGAGAGAGACCCGGGAGCUGGAAGAGGAUGGAAGGAGAGACCGUGAGUCAGUGAGGUACGAAAGGACAAGAGAGACCAGAGUAGCAGCAGCAGAAGCUGAUGUGAAAAUCCACAGAGAGAUCCUUGAACUGGAGCCACGGGAGGAGCUGAGAAGGAGGGAACGUCCCCGUGAGUGUGGAGAGGAAGAGAGGAAACAGCCCGUGCUGGAGAGGAGGAUCGGUCGCCAGAGGGAGCUGGAGGUGGAAGUCUCUGAGCGCCGCAGCCGCCAGACACGGGACAGAGGGGUCACCAUCGACCGGAGAGAGACCCGGGAGCUGGAAGAGGAUGGAAGGAGAGACCGUGAGUCAGUGAGGUACGAAAGGACAAGAGACACCAGAGUAGCAGCAGCAGAAGCUGAUGUGAAAAUCCACAGAGAGAUCCGUGAACUGGAGCCACGAGAGGAGCUGAGAAGGAGAGAACGUCCCCGUGAGUGUGGAGAGGAAGAGAGGAGGAUUCUCCGUGGAAGAGAGAGGGAAGAGCCUGUGCUGGAGCAGAGGAUUGACCUUCAAGGGGAGCUGGAGGUGGAGGUCUCUGAGCGCCGCAGCCGCCAGACACGGGACAGGGAGAGAGGGGUCACCAUUGACCGGAGAGAGACCCGGGAGAGACGGGAAACAUGUGAGGAUGAUGGAAGGAGAGACCGUGAGUCAGUGAGGUACGAAAGGACAAGAGACACCAGAGUAGCAGCAGCAGAAGCUGAUGUGAAAAUCCACAGAGAGAUCCGUGAACUGGAGCCAGAGGAAGACCUGAGGAGGGAACGUGACCGUGAAGUGGAAGAGAGGAGGGUUUGCAGGAGAAGAGACAGAGAAGAGCCCAUUCUGGAGCAGAGGAUCGAUCACCAGAGGGAGCUGGAGGUGGAGGUCUCUGAGCGCCGCAGCCGCCAGACACGGGACAGGGAGAGAGGGAUCAUCAUUGACCAGAGAGAGACCCGGGAGAGAUGGGAAACAUGUGAGGAUGAUGGAAGGAGAGACCGUGAGUCAGUGAGGUAUGAAAGGACAAGAGAGACCAGAGCAGCAGCAGCAGAAGCUGAUCUGAAAAUCCACAGAGAGAUCCGUGAACUGGAGCCACAGAAAGACCUGAGAAGGAGAGAACGUGAGCGUGAAGUGGAAGAGAGGAGGGUUUGCAGGAGAAGAGACAGAGAAGAGCCCAUGCUGGAGAGAAAGACUGAUCUUCAAGGGGAGCUGGAGGUGGAGGUCUCUGAGCGCCGCAGCCGCCAGACACGGGACAGGGAGGAGAGAGAGACACGAGAGCUGGAAGAGGAUGGAAGGAGAGACCGUGAGUCAGUGAGGUACGAAAGGACAAGAGACACCAGAGCAGCAGAAGCCGAUGUGAAAAUCCACAGAGAGAUCCGUGAACUGGAGCCACGGGAGGAGCUCAGAAGGAGAGGACGUCCCCGGGAGCUGGAGGUGGAGGUCUCUGAGCGCCGCAGCCGCCAGACACGGGACAGGGAGAGAGGGGUGACCAUUGACCGGAGAGAGACCCGGGAGAGACGGGAAACAUGUGAGGAUGAUGGAAGGAGAGACCGUGAGUCAGUGAGAUACGAAAGGACAAGAGACACCAGAGCAGCAGCAGCAGAAGCUGAUGUGAAAAUCCACAGAGAGAUCCGUGAACUGGAGCCACGGGAGGAGCUGAGAAGGAGAGAACGUCCCCGUGAGUGUGGAGAGGAAGAGAGAAGGAUUCUCCGUGGAAGAGAGAGGGAAGAGCCUGUGCUGGAGCAGAGGAUUGACCUUCAAGGGGAGCUGGAGGUGGAGGUCUCUGAGCGCCGCAGCCGCCAGACACGGGACAGGGAGAGAGGGGUGACCAUCGACCGGAGAGAGACCCACAAAGAAACCACACUCGAGGUCCUCGAAGAAGAACAGGAGGUGGAUGAAGGACGAAGCCUCUUCCAAACCGUGGAGGUGGACAACAGGGACCUCUGUCCCCCGGGAGAGGAAGGGCCCGUGAGUGACCUGAGGGUUCGCUACGUCCCUGCUGACCCUGCGGAGCGUCCGGAGGUGCGGGUGGUGCCCCAGCCCUGCGACCCCCAGACCGUCGCCUACCUGGUCCACGUGAUCCAGAACGGGAGAGACCCCGGGGCUGCCACCUACGAGAUCGUCUGCCACCAACCCGGUGACCUGGGCCAGCCCCUCUGCGUCAGGAAGUGCUUCGUGUCCACCAAGCCACCGACUGUCCCCUGCGACAGGAGCCACCACCCAGAGCCAUCACCCCAGGGGGACCAGGGAGAACCUGGGGAGCCCCAAAUUCCACCUUCCAGCUGCCAGGAAAGCACGAGGGAGCUCGGUGGGGAGAGAGCCGGAGCAGGGGGGAAGGAAGGAGCUCCCCAGGCUUCUGCCCCCCAGCCCGGGGCCGCUAAAGGCGACCCUUGUAGGGUGAACACCAAGAAGGUCCCUGACACGGAAAAGAAUCAGCCCCAGGGAGAUGGAUCGAGAGCUGCCAGGGAGAAGGUCCCCCGGGAGCCCGGAUCCAGCUGCCAGGUGAGGGAGCACGAGGACAGGGAGGCCAAGAGUUGCCCACCUCUGCUCCAGGCUCCCGACACCGACGGGAGCCGCCCCCGGAGAGAAGGAACCGGCCGCGCCCGCCAGGACGUGGAGCUUCUGCCCCCGGAAAAGAGCUGCCAGGAGGAGACCUGCAAGAGGAGCCCCCGGCAAGGGGGUGAUGCCCAACUGGCACGGGAGGAGGAGCCACGUCCUGGCACCAAGCAGAGCCAGGGGACCCCCGGGCUGCCGAGCUCCCGGGGGGAACCGAGUGAUCCCACGGGGGAUGAAGCCAAAGCAUCUUAG